UCAGUGAGGGUCAGUAUCUCACACUAACAGGCCUCUGUCUGUCUCAGUGAGGGUCAGUAUCUCACACUAACAGGCCUCUGUCUGUCACAGUGAGGGUCAGUAUCUCACACUAACAGCCCUCUGUCUCAGUGAGGGUCAGUAUCUCACACUAACAGCCCUCUGUCUGUCUCAGUGAGGGUCAGUAUCUCACACUAACAGCCCUCUGUCUGUCUUAGUAAGGGUAAGUAUCUCACGCUCACAGUCCUCUGUCUCAGUAACGGUUAGUGUCUCACACUAAUGGCCCUCUGUCUCAGCGAGGGUCAAUAUCUCAUACUAUCGGCCUUCUGUCUUCACCAGCAGAAUAUGAAUGUCACUGCCUGUUCCCUGAGACUGCAGAUGAAGAAUCUGAUUCCCAGUUCCGAAUAUCUGAUCCGGGUUCGAUCGAUUCCUGAUCAGAAAUACUUCAAGGGAAUAUGGAGCGAAUGGAGUGAGACUGUGAAUUUCCAAACCCCACAACGUGCUUACCGACUGAGCGCAGGUAUCAAGCUAACCAUGUCCUUACUGACCCUGCUUCUCAUCAUUGUAAUCGGCCUCAGUGUACUGUGCUGGGAAAACAGGAUCAAGCCACGCAUCUGGCCCAAAAUUCCAAACCCAAAAUUUACGCUGGACAAGCUCUACAUGAAACCAAACAAGAUGGGAGCGGUGAGCUUUAAUCCGUCCAGCUUUCUGGAUGUGAUGGAGAGUCGAGUGGACACGAUUCAGGUGAGAGGGACCUGGAUUACUCGCUGUGCCCCAUCCUCAGGGAGUGAGCCUGCUGACUCGAACACCGCACCAGAGAGGGAGUUGCUGAUGACAGACAGAGCACCAGGAGACAUCGGGGACACCAGCUGGCAAGGAGGGAAGUGUGUGGGCCAGGACCGGGCGGACAGUCCACAGGAUGUGAGGCUGGCCAAGAGAGACCCCGAGGGUGAGGGGCUGCCUGACUCUCACCAUGACCUUGUCCCAGGGCCUGAGGGUCAGAGCACAGUGAGGAAAACCACACCUGGGCACAGCCACAACCAUGGCACAGCCAGUGGGGGGCUGAGGCUCAGUGAUCAGGGCACUGGGCAAUCUUGCAUUGAUCAACUGGAUCAAGGGACAGGUCUGGGAUCUACAUUAGCUAAGGGAUGCCCUCUUACCACAUCUGACCAAUCAUACAUCACCAUGUCCAACCUGUACAAGAUCCAGUGAGAAUGUAACCCCUCUGCCCCCACCAUCACCCACCAGAUCCACACACCUCCCUGACCCACUCCCCACCCCCCUGAGAC